CACCGCAUCCUGUCUCUCCUUCCCUUUCGGUCUGCAGUCCGUUGGCUUUUUUACAUCGCACGCUCUUGAUGCCCAGUGUGUUCUAUGCCGGGGCCAAGAAGCGCAAAACUCGCCACUUUCGCCCAAUCUUCAAAAUGCUUCCGAGAGAGUCGCCACAACAGCAAACAGAGGGUGGCCUCUUAUCCCUCGUCGAUGAGCUCCUCCUCUCCAUCAUCGAUCAAAUCGAUUCACGAGAAUCACUUCGUAACCUCGCUGCGACUUGCGCCCGUCUUCGGAGUCUAACAGAGCCGUAUAUUUGGCGGUCCCUGCUGGUCCGCAAGGGCGACCACGCGAUCGAUAUCGUCAAAGCGCUCGAUAGCCGAGAGGCACGGGCGUCGUACAUUCAUGAGCUGUCUAUUCGCUAUCAGCAUGGUAGUGGAAAGGGCAUCGAUCAGCUGAACCAUCACAUUGGGUUGAUGGACAAACUGCGCCAUCUGACAAUCGAAUCGCCGUGCCCUAACAACACCGAGUGGGUCCGUUCGGACCACUUUGAUGAUUGGACGAAGAUCAACUAUACAUCGCUUCUUGAGGCUGCGGUGUAUCCCCCUCCAGGCUUACCACCUGUUUUGCCCAUGCUCCAAUCACUCGCCCUUCACGGACAUGGCCGGGAUGAGAGGAAGUUCGUCCUAGGUCGCACGGCGGUUGUCUUUUUCCAUCCUACUCUGCGGCAUCUUACCCUCUCGUGCACCAACUUCGACGCAGACAUCACCCAUGCCGAUAUCUCCCCUGAGAAGAGGAAGUCGACGCCGCUUCAGUCCCUCACCCUCAUUGAAUGUAAUGUCAACGUUCAGUUCCUCGACGUCGUUCUCGACCUCCCAAAGGCGUUAAAGGAGCUCUAUAUCGGCGAGCGUCUCUACGUUUUCAAAGAACAUCCGUCACGCGACCCCAAGAAGCGAACGUCGCACCCGCUCUUCUUAACCGCUCUCGCACGACAAGCAGAUUCGCUAGAAAAGCUAACUCACGUUGCCGGCACCUUCACCCAUCUUCUCCCCACCCAAAUCGACGACCAAGCCAGCCGUAGCAAACUCCGCAGUCUCAAGAAUCUCACCUUCCUCGAAAUCGGUCUAGAAUCCAGUCUGUACUCCUACCUAGAGCAAAACGACUACCCCGACUCUCUCAAAACGCUCAGGAUCAACGACGCAGCAGUAUUCCAAACCUUAACCGAUCAAACCCUCGUCCACCAUCCCGGCGACGUACUUAAGCGCUGCACCGACCUCGUCACCCGCCGCACCUCCCACCCCUUCGACCUCGAAGUCUGCUUCAACGACAGCGCAGUCGAGGACCAGAUCCUAAGCACCAUCCCACAUGGCCGCUACGCCGCCAUCCUCGCCGCCCUGCUCGGCGGCUCCAUCCGCAGCCCUGUCUACAAGCUCGCGUCCGCACUCGAAGCUCGUGGUGGCGCUCAUCUUCGCCUCUUCAGCCAACGCUUCCACUCCGGCAAGUCGUACAUCCCGCCGUAUAUGUAUGGCGAAGAGGUACCAAGCGAGGUGCAAUUCUAUGACUCGGACGACUUCUGGCGGUUUAGUGGGAGGAAUUUCAGGGCCGUGGAUGAUGAUGCGUUGAAGGAGGAGCUAAGGGGCGCGGGCAAGGAGGGGUUUGUUUGUUUCGCGUGUGCGAGGAGGCAAAGAACGUGCUAUAAUUUGGGAGAUGGGUCGGCGUGUGUUGUCUGCGAGUCUGAAGGCAAGGAGUGUUGUUAUGAAGGGAUGGCGGGCUGAGGAAUAUAGGUCUGCUCUAAUCUCCACAGGCCGGUUUGGAGUUCGUUCGUCGUUUAUGCACGUAAAUUUAACAUCGC